CUACGUCUCGUCCGGCAAGUUUUUUAAGCAAGUUAAAGUUGAAUAAAAGUAUUUAAAGCUAAGAAAAAAGCAAUCAAGGACAUCAUAGCAAUAACUCCCACCGUCCUAAAAAGAAAGUAUUAAUCAAUUAAAAUGGAGGAGCUUUGCAAUAAUUCCGGACACUCGGCUACUUCUAGUAGUGGAAGUAACUCGUCAAUAUCGGCCAAAACCGCUUUGAGUGAAUGCUCUGCGGCUUGGAUUAACUACUUAAGCGCUUUAAAUAAUUUAUGUACUGCCGGAUCAAAGCUAGCGCAUUCAAUUGCUGUUUUGGAACAGUGGUCUCUUAGCGAAAAACCAUUGUUUAAUAAUUACACAACAUCCUAUUUAACUAACUCAUGGAACGAUCUCGCAAGAGCUACAACCGUGGCUACGGGAACAGUAAAAACUCAUAUGUUGGCCUUACUGCAAGACUUUGUUACCAUAUCAUCAAUGGAUCAAACUUCUAAUACCGAAUUGGAUCAAAAAAGGUUUAGAGAGCACAACGAACUAAUUGUAUUGGAAAAUGCACAAGCUGUAAUUAACAUUCAGCACCAGUUUUGUGCAGCCAGCUAUGAUGCAUUUUCAUCCUUAACCUGUUGCUUUGUUUGCCAAUCCCCAGUGGGAUUCCCACAUGAACAAGACUGCAGUGUUAUGAAACAACGCAAUCAAUAUGAUCAACGAUCCCAAACUCCAUCGCCCAAUUUAUGCGGGCCAAGUACAAAAAUGGAUUCAUCUAGGGGAAAUUCAUUAACCGACCAGCGACCAAUUUCAACAGCAAUUUCGGAAACAGCUGAUCAGCCCCGAGGUCCUUCCCCUCAGUUGAAUUUCUGCGACGCCAAUCCAAUGCAAGCUAUUUUCGAACACACACGCGGUCCCUUGCCAAACCCAGGACAAUUACUGUCCAUGAAGAUACCAUUCCACCGAAACGUCAAAUCUUCCCUAAGUUUCCCAUUGUUUCCUCUGAAUGGGCAACGUCGUUGGUCAGAAGCUGCUGCGGGAGAGGUGAUAGACGGGAUUUCUACGGAUCCUGAAAGUCAGAUGAGGAGGUGGUCAAUGCCGUGGGAGGCAGCAAAGACUGAUAGGAACACAGUAACUUGGAACCAAACUAGAAUAAUGCCAAUGAACACGUUAAAGGCUUCUAGCUACAAAAUGUCGAGUUCUGAAAGAUACACUUCUCAUAAUUCUGAUGGAAACUGGCCGUUGGCCUCAACUAGUCAAGAUGGGCUGUUAGAAGCCAUUCAACUACUGUCUAUCAGACCGACAACCGUUAGUCAGAUAAGUCCCCAGCCCUCGAUUCUAUCAACUUCUCCAGAUGGGGCUCCACUUGACUAAAUAAUACAAUUUAAAAAGAAAUAAUAUUUAAGCCAAUUUUCAAUUAAAAUACAUAUUCUCAGAUAGACGAAAAUAAAUACAUAUUU